AUGCUCAUCACUUCCACCAGGAGCUUAUCUGUUUCCUUCCAAGGAGAGUCGUUUUCUCUUCCCGAGCGGCGAAAACCGACGACGCCAUUUCGAGAUCAAAGAGAGAACUCAAAUCCAGCAGACCAGCAUCAGCUCUGGCCUGGCGCUUCCAGGAGAGGAAAUGUGGAUUGUGACUCUGAUGAUAGAGGGAACAAGCUUGUAUCUAUGUUGAUUGAUGAUAGUUCUAGGGAUCCUGGUAGCUCACUUUGUUGCUCUACCCCGAGUUCGAGGAUCGGUAGUAUCUCAUCAAAGUUGAGUCACUCUAAACGGUUCAGUGGUGAUAAUCCGUUGGUAUCAUCUCCUCGUGUUAUGGCUUCUCCGAUUAGAGGUUGUGGUGUUGCUACUACUCGACCUGCUUCACCGAGUAAGGUUUGGGCAACAACUCAAGCUAGGGCAUUUUCUAGUCCUUGUUGA